AUGGCUUCUGUCGCGGCCCCGUUCUUGGGCAGCCCUGCUUCUGCGAUUGGGGCCCAGGAAAAAGCCUCCUCCCAGGCCCUGGCCCUGCGGCCACCUCUCCCUGUCCCAGAAGCUUCUGCAGGCAGCUCUCUUGUCAGAGCCUCCUCAAGGGCCGUGCUUGCGGCGGCGGCCUCCUGCGGCCUCCUCUCGGGUCUUCGGAGGUCCCAGCGCUGCCGGGCCGCCCAGGCCGCCCGGGCCGCCUCUCCGCGCGUGGCGGUGAUCGGGGCUGGCCCGGCCGGCCUGGCGACAGCUUUGGCUCUGCGAAGGGAAGCGAAGCUCGAGGAUGUCACGGUCCUGGAGCGCUCGCCCGAGCUCAGGCCAGGGGUGGGCGGUGGAGUGCAGCUGCACUCCGGUGCCUCCUUGCUGGAAGAGUUGGGCGUGGACUUGAGCUUUGCACAGCCACUUCGGCGUAUUCGGAGUCGCUCUGCAAGUGGCGAAGACCUUCUGCAACUGGAUCUUCCGAGCUUGAUCGAGAACUUCGAGGCCUUCUCGGGCUCCGUGCGCCGCUCUGAUGGGCAGCCUGCGAGCUGCACCGUCAUGCGAGAUGCGCUGCUGGAGGCCAUGGCUGCAGAGCUUCCCUCGGGAAGCAUUCGCUUAGGGACGAAGCUUCUGGAAGUGCAGACGAACUCGGAUGGGCAAGCGGCGACUUGCCGCUUCGAAUCUGGGGAAGAGGAGUUCGACCUCGUCGUCGCUGCGGACGGCAUCGGCAGCAGGGCGAGACGCUGCGUCCUCGAGGAGGAGGGUGAGGAGGCUCCUCGAUACACAGGCCUUCGCAUCCAGUAUGGCGUCAGAGAGGCCGGCGGCCGGCCGGCCGGCUGCGAGGAAGAAGUCCAUCAGUGGUUUGGUCAAGGCCAUGGCGGUUUAGGGUUUAGGGUUCAGGGUUUAGGGUUCAGGGUUUAG